GGGCGGGUCUUCCUGUCCAGGAUAACUAGUCGAUACCUGAUCAGACGAUUCCUGCUUGACAGUGGCUAUGCAGUAGCUCUGUUUAUGUGUUAGCUCUUAGCGCAGGAGACCGGAAGUAGCGUCACGGACAGGAAGUAACGUCACUGUCGCGCCGACAUGCACGUACUUAGCGCGAACUUCUGAAAUGGAGUCGUCUAUAUCGAAGCUGCUGAGAGAAGCGACUAACAAGCUGGACGAGCUAGAGACAUCAUCGCCACAACAGUCAGCUGUACCAGCUGCGUCUCCAAGAGAUCCCGUUGAUGCUGAGGUGACAAGACUAUUCCUGCCAUAUCAGAGCACAUCAAGGUCUCUGACCCCGCGUCACAGGCCAAUACCUCGUAACUUUGAGGCCAGAGGAACUGUUGCUCCGUCAUACUCACACACCUUCUGCUGUUUAAGCAAAAAAUCUACAACCAUGGCCCCAAAUCGCUACCAGAAGCUGGAGCUGGCGAAUGCAGGUUUGGGUGAGAGAAGAAUUACUUUUCAAGGCAAAGAGUCCUGCCCCCAAUAUUUUAAGCAAUGUCUGUUUGUUACAUUCCCGAAGCUGAGUGAAGCUGGGGGAUUUGAGCUUCUUAGGAUUCGAGGCUCAACACGAAGCCGGGAGUUGUCUUUAAUUUCCUGCCCAAAUACAGGGUACAGUGUGAAAUAUUUGAAAUCACCACAGGCAAUGAUAGGGCAUGCAGUAAUUUACAUUCGACCACUUCAGAGAAGCCUGAACAUGGAUCAAGAAGAUAGCGAGUCCUCAGACACAACUGGACCUCUGAUUGCAUGUCUGUCUUGUGGGGUAGAGUUCCAGUUUGAUGCAAUUAAGGCUCACAGUGAGACGUGUAAUAGCACGGCAGAAAAUGUAGCAGCUGUGGUGCAGGCAGGGCCAUCGUCCGUGUGUGAGGCCAUAACAGUCCCACUGCCAUCGAGCCCAGGGUCAUCACUCCCUUUGAUCCAGAGUGUAGAUUUGACAGAUUCAGGGGAAGGCUGUUCAUACGCAGAGGCAGGCAACUAUUGGAGGACAGUUAAUGAUCCACUUGAGGCCAUAAAGCUCUUCAGACAAAGUGUCAUGAAGAAUUCUGGUGAGGAGCUUCACUUCAGAAUGGACCUCAGGGAUUCUAAUGAGGCCAGGGAACAGACCAUUAUCAGCUUCUACAAAAGACAAAGAGUGGACUGGACGGCUCCCCUAACCUGUACUCUUGAAGGUGAUGCAGCUAUAGGGGAUGGUGUGAAACGACAUUGCCUUUCAACUGUAAUGUCCAAAUUACAGUUUGGAUUUGAAUGGAAAAUUGGUGCUGGAAAGACCCUGUUGUUUGAGGGUGAAAAGGAUCACCUUGUUCCUGCAGCAUCUCAAGUCUUUGUGGAUAGUGACCUUUUCGUGGUAGCUGGCCGAAUGAUUGGCCAUUCCUUUCUUCACAAUGGCCCUUGUUUAACUGGUCUAAGCCAAGCUGUUAUUCAUGUGUUGGGUGGUGGAAUGCCUGAAAUGGCCUCCAUUGACAUCAAAGACUGCUGCGAUACAGAUGUCAGGGAGGCAGUUGAACUGGGUCCACUGACCUGACAGCAGAUCAGAAGAGGUCCAUACAGAGCUUGGCAGUUGGAUGGGAUCUUCCUGGCGUCACAGAAGAAAACAGGAUGGCUGACUGAAAAGAUUCUUUUUCAUGCUGUUCUUUCCAGAUCAAAAAGUCAAAUCAAACAGCUACGAAAAGGACUAAAAGAAACGCAGGUUUUGGAUCUAGUGACCAAAAGACCAGAUACCCUGCCGUUGCUGUUUCCAAGAAGCUGUGCUGUGUUGUACUCACCACAGCUACUUCUGGGACGCAUCAUUUGGCCAGCGGAGUCUGACAGUGAUGAUGAGACUGAUGACAUGAGUCUGGAGGAAAAGUGCCGUAUCUCUGGCUUUCUAAGAGAAUACAUUGAAAAUGCCUCCUCACAAUGUCUCCUGGAACUUCUGAAGUUCUGGCAUGGAUGGGAAGUUCCUCCAAAAGAGCUGUAUGUAGAAAUUGUGCAUGGACAAAUGCCACAAUCCAGCACUUGCAUGGAGACCCUUCGGCUGCCGUCGCACUAUAGCUCUUAUGACGCUUUUUGUGAGGCUCUGAACGCAGCAAUCAGUUCUGUUCCAACAGGUUUUGGACUUGUUUAAAAUCUUAGGGUUAGUUAAGAGUUUAAAAAAAUAUUUUAAAAAUGAGAGGAUUUUCAAUCCUAUUGUGAUGUCC